AUGGUUUCAAACAAGUUGUUUGUUGCUGCUUUUGCAGCCUUGGCUUCAGUGGCCAAUGCAAGCCCCUGUAAGCCCUCGUUUACAAGGGCCAUCACUACGUCUGCCGCCGAAACCGCUGCAUCUUCCACUUAUGCUGAGACCAGCACUGCGAUUAGUGAGAGUGAGACAGCGACAACGGCCACUGAUGCUACCACGGAGGCUCUCAGCACUGAAGCCUCUACGACUGUUGCCGAGAGUGCUACCACGACCACGGCUGUCGAUGAGCCUCUUAUCACCAACGCUGGCUUCGAAGAUGGCACAACUGCCCCGUGGCAGUUGCUAACGGAGCACGAAGAUUCCCUGGCUAUUGGCAGUGGCUUCCAGAGUCCAGCUUCUGGUAAAGUGAUGUUUGGAAGCGACGAUGGCAGCCAGUAUGCCACGUUUAUUAUCCAAAAGAUCAAUAAGCAAGCACUCAAGGCGGGCUCAUAUGACCUCCAAGGCCAUACCCUCGUUGACAGCUUUAGCCAAAGCGGCGACGGCUGUAGUGUCAUCAUCGCCGCUUGCCUCACGGGAUCUGGGCAAAGCUCAGUUCUCGUACCAGCUUCUAUGUCCCGGGCAAGCGCUGAGAAUUCCGAGGGUCACUGGUCCCAGUUAGAAACUACGUGUAUCUUGACCGACGAUAUGCUAGCUGCGGAUGAAGACAUCAGCGUUGUGUUUGGAUUCUUCUGUGCUAAUUCGGCUGUCUACCUCGACUCUGUUGAGCUCAAGCCGGCUGCUGGAAUCCCCCACCCCGACACUACCACGGUUGCCACCAACAGUGAGACUAGUAUGGUAAUUACUACCACUCAAGCGACUACAGUGGCCACCUCCACCGAAGGCUCGAUACUCGCCACAGAAACUGCUACCACGACGACAACAGCCGAUGGAGACAGAACCUAG